UCUGUUACUCUGCAAGUUAGUCCGUUACUAGACCAGUAGGGGAGAGUUGGGUGAUUUGUGCCAGGGGGGAAGUAGAGCCACCCCUUGUUUUUGGAAAACCAUAGAAUAAAUUGGUCAUGUGACCACAUCAUUUUGAAAAGCCAUCCAUUGCAUUGUACUCAUCCUCCAAAGAAGGGAGACACAUGUAGGCAGGCUGGAGAGCACUUCAGUGUCUCCACUACUUUACACACAUGAAUCUGACAGCAGAAAGCCACAGUAUCCCUCUCAGUGACGGGAACCAUAUUCCACUGCUGGGAUUGGGCACCUAUGGGGACCCUCGAACGACACCCAAAGGCAAAGCACUUGAGUGUGUCAAGCUGGCCAUAGAUGUGGGUUACAGGCACUUUGAUGGGGCAUUGGUGUAUUUCAAUGAGCACGAAGUGGGUCAAGCCAUUAGAGAGAAGAUUGCCGAUGGAACCGUUCAAAGAAAGGACAUCUUUUACUGCGGAAAGCUCUGGAAUACAUUUCAUCCACCAGAGUUGGUGAGACCAACCUUGGAGAGGACUCUGAAAGCCUUACAACUAGACUAUGUGGAUCUCUACAUCAUUGAGCUUCCUAUGGCCUUCAAGCCUGGAAAUGAGUUCUAUCCAAAAGACAAAGAUGGAAAAUACAUCUACCACCACACAGACCUGUGUGCAACAUGGGAGGCUUUAGAGGCUUGCAAAGACGCAGGGCUGGUUAAAUCUCUGGGAGUCUCCAACUUCAACCGCAGACAGCUGGAGCUGCUGCUGAACAAACCCGGCCUCAAACACAAGCCUGUGUCCAACCAGGUUGAAUGCCAUCCAUAUUUCACACAACCCAAGCUUCUGGAGUUCUGUCGUCAGAAUGACAUUGUGAUUGUUGGCUACUGCCCAAUUGGCUCCUCCAGAGAUGCAUCCUGGGUGAAUGUGAAAUGCCCUCCCCUGCUGGAGGACGAGCUGCUCUUAUCCAUUGGGAAAAAGUACAAUAAGAGUACUGCCCAGGUGGCUCUGCGCUUCAACGCCCAGAGAGGAGUUGUCGUGAUCCCCAAGAGCUUCAGUCCAGAGAGGAUCAAACACAACUUCCAGAUAUUUGAUUUUUCACUCACUGAGGAAGAAAUGAAAGCCAUCGAAGCACUGAACAAAAAUAUUCGCUUUGUAGAGCUGCUGAUGUGGAGUGACCAUCCAGAAUAUCCAUUUCAUGAUGAAUAUUAAUAUUAUGCCCAAGCACCAAUACAUUUUACACUGGUACAUUUUCACGUGGAACACUAGAGGGCUCUAGCUCACAGUAAAUGAAUAGCACA